AUGCUGACGCCCACGAGCACCUUCGCCCUCCGCCUCGCCGGCCAGGGCGCCGCCCGCGCAUCGAUUGCCUCUUCCAUCGCCCGCACCACCGCAUGCCCGUACUCGACCGCCUCCAUGAAGCAGCACCAAGCCUCUGCCCGCCCAAUUGGCCUCGCCUCGACAGCCGGCCCGAUCGCCCGAACCAGUGCCGCCUUCGCCGCAUCGCCUUCGUCCUCCAUCGUCGCCCGCGUCGUCCGCCAACCCUGCUCCCAGCGCUGCAACGCUACCGCUACCGCCUCCGCCGCGGCGCAACAAAAGUCCGCCCCUGCGCCGGGGGACAAGCUGGACUGGGAGACCUUCUUCCAGCUCCGCAAGUCCCGUAGAAGGUGGCAGCUCGGCUUCAGCGUCAUUUCUGGGUUGGGAUCCUUUGUUGGCGGAGCUGGCAUCUUGGCUACUGGCAUUGCGGACCCGCUGGUGACACAGAUUCCUCUGGAUCCUUUUAUUACGAUGGGUCUCAUGACGAUGGGCUUCGGCGCUCUUGGAUGGCUUAUUGGACCUAGCGUUGGUUCUCUGGUGUUCUACACGCUGAACAAGAGGUGGAAGACUCAGAUGACGGUGAAGGAGAAGGAAUUCUUUGCUCGCAUCAAGAAGAACCGCGUUGACCCCUCUGUCUCUUCUGUUGGUAACCCUGUCCCCGAUUUCUACGGCGAGAAAAUCUCAAGCGUCAAGGGUUACCGUCAAUGGCUCAAGGACCAGCGAGCGUUCAACAAGAAGCGUGUCAGCUUCGUGUAG